AUGGCUGGUCUGGAGCAGCUGGAGAUUCACAGCAAGUCGUAUAUUGUUCGAUGGGUAAAAGUAGAUGAGGGACAUACGAUUUCAUGGAGUGUACAGCCUCACAAAAAAUCCAUCAAUUUCGGAAUAUUCAAACAUCCUCGAUCCAACACAAUCUCAAGUUCAGGGCAAUACUCUGCGCUCGACGAUGCGACUCAAUCCCUUCAGCAGAUAGUUCCUGGGAUCGAAAAGAGGAGAGCGUCGGAUAAUAGAAAUGACAACGAUUCGACAGCCCAGAAGCAACUGAGCGCCAAAGGUUUCAUUCAGAUACAAUGGCAUGGAAAAUGCGAAGCAGACAAGGUAUCAAUGGGAACCUACCCGGUACCGCCAGGUCAAGGAGGAAUGUAUGGCCUCAUAUUCGACAAUACAUUUUCGAAAGCAGUAUCGAAGACGGCGACUUUUGUACUCCUCACAUACCCAUCUAAUGCACCUCCACAUUCUACACAUCAUAUGGCAAGUGUUGCGAUAGGGAGCAAGAAUGCGAGUCCAAAAAUAGGAGCCACUCCGUCCGAAUCUGUCGAUAGUCUACAAAGUCAUCUGGCGAUAGGAGGAAAUAGAAGUAGAGGCAAUUCAGUGGUUGGUCGGAAUGAUAGCGAUCAUUUAAUAGCAACAUAUCAUGUGGGAGUUUUGCAGAAAAGACGGAGAAAGAGGGGUCAGGGUUAUGCCAGUAGAUUCUUCUCCCUGGAUUUCGAUUCUUGCACAUUAUCAUACUAUUAUAACCGGAAUUCGUCAGCACUUCGAGGAGCGAUACCCUUGAGUCUGGCCGCAAUCGCUGCGGAUGAGAGAAGAAGGGAAAUCAGCAUUGAUUCGGGCGCAGAGGUAUGGCAUUUGAAAGCGAGCAAUGCAAAAGACUUUGCGGAAUGGACAUCGGCACUGGAACGAGCAAGCAAUGCGGCGAGAAAUGUUGAUUCGAAAAAGAAUUCUCAUACAUCGGCGCAGAAAAGACCUGGACUGGAUACAAGUUUACCCCCAGGACCUGUUAGCAAUCCAGAUGAGGACAGAGAAUGGCAGCAGGUGGAAGGACUGGUGAGUAGAAUAGUAGGGACUCGUGAUGCUGUACGAAGGUUAUCAAAAGACACCGCACCUCAAUCCGGUUCGAGAAAGAAUUCGCAUACAGGAUUAGGACUUACCACGAGUGGAAGUCCCAGCCCAAGUACUGAUGAGAACUUUGACUAUUUCGGAGCAGCCCAGCCUGAGAAAAGACCUUUUUGGAAGCGAAAAUCAAGCGCUCCCACGACACCUCAAAUGAUGCAGCGUGGCAUGGGAUCGCAACUUGCAGUACCAACACCGGCGACAGUCACGACAAUCACGGCGAAUGGUUCUGUCACUCCAUCCUCACGAAAACCUCGCAUGUCUCAGGAAGAGACUAGUAUCCAUGAACAUUGUGCUGCAUUACUUCGUGAUCUUGAUGCUGUGAUUGGAGAUUUCUCAGCACUUAUCGCUAGUAGCAAGAGGCGUCGUAUGCCCGCCUCAAAAUCUGCUGGAGCUCGUGUCAGUAUGGACUCAACUUCAACUGGCGAGUUUUUUGAUGCCGAGGCAGAUUUGGAUAGGAGUCAAUUGGUGAUGAUUGAUCGAACAAGUGAGGAAGAUACGCAAGCUUCUGAAGCUGAUGAAUUUGCUACCGAUGCUUCAUCUCUAUCAUCGGCUGGAGAUAAUGGAAAUUCGGCUCAUUUGAAAGGUGCGGCUGCACUGUUUCCAGUGAAACCGAAAUCUUUGGAUCCAUUACCUGUUCCGAUACUCGUCAAGCGUCGCAAAGUUAUACCACCCGCAACUCAAUUACCACCAAGUCUUAUUGGGUUCUUGCGAAAAAAUGUAGGCAAAGAUUUUAGCACCAUCAGUAUGCCAGUCAGUUCGAACGAACCCGUGUCACUUCUGCAACGAGUGGCUGAACAAUUAGAAUACGCUCAAAUACUGGACACUGCAUCAUCACAUAAGAACCCAUCAUAUCGAUUACUUCAUGUCACCGCGUUUGCUGUUUCUCAAUUCAGUAAUAGUCGGGCAAAGGAACGUGCGAUGCGAAAACCUUUCAACCCACUUCUGGGAGAAACAUACGAGUUGGUGAGAACAGAAAAGGAAGUCCCAGGUGGUUUCCGAUUUGUGGUAGAAAAAGUCUGUCAUCGACCAGUACGAAUGGCAUGUCAAGCAGAUUCCGCGAAUUGGUCAUUAAACCAAAGUCCAGCACCCGUACAAAACUUCUGGGGCAAAAGCGCAGAGUUAAUAACCGAAGGUCGCGUCAGAAUAGCCCUACGCCUUCCCGACGGCAGCGAAGAAUUCUACAGCUGGAACACUGCAACCGUCUUCCUCCGCAACGUCGUCAUGGGCGAAAAAUACGUCGAGCCAGUCGGUACCAUGGUCAUCACCAACGAAUCCACCGGCGGCAAAGCCAACGUCGAAUUCAAACAAAAAGGCAUGUUUGGUGGCCGCUCUGAAGACGUCGUCGUCGACACGUUCGGCCCCGAUGGCUCUUCCACCGGUCUCGGUCUCGUCGGCACCUGGACCACCAGUCUCAAAGUCGUCGAGAACGGCAAAACAGGCGGCGAGAUCUGGCAUGUUGGCGAACUCGUCGAUAACGCGGCUCAACGAUACGGCCUCACCACUUUCGCGGCUAGUCUGAAUGAGAUCACGGAAUUAGAACAAGGGAAACUGCCGCCCACCGAUACUAGGUUACGUCCGGAUCAGCGCGCGUUAGAGGCAGGCGAUCUCGAGGAAGCGGAGAGAUUGAAGGGGGUUUUGGAGGAGAAGCAGAGGGUUAGACGGAAGGAGGUGGAAGUGAGGGGGGAUGUACAUGUUCCUAGGUGGUUUGAACGCGUGCAGGGGGGGGAUGAGGGGGAGGAGGUUUGGGCGCUUAAAUUGGGGAGGGAGGGGUAUUGGGAGGAGAGGAGGGGGGGGACGUGGACGGGGGUUGGGGAGGGGAUUUUGGAUGUUUAG